ACGUGUCCCAGUGUCAUACGCCCGCUUCCGAUGGUCGAGAGCAACGUGAAGGCAACGUGGGCAUCGCUGCAGGCGUCGCUGAAGGCAGCCAUCGAGGCACCUGCCAAUGUCGACGCGCUACACGCCAUUGCGCUCGAGAUGGAAGUUCUCGUGCGGGACUUUGCUCGAAAGGACGCGGCGCUGCAGCUCCAGGCGGCGCGCGUCCAAGCCAAACUCGACUUGCUACAAGAGCUCAAGACCGAGAUACUUGCGUUGCAGCCUGUCCGCGUCAAAGACGACAAGCUCGUCACGCUCAACGUCGGCGGCACGCUGUUUACGACCGUGCGCGAGACGCUGCUGCGCAUUCCCGGCAGCUACUUUGACGCGAUGCUCUCGUCCGAUCACUGGCGCCCCAACGACAAAGGCGAGUACUUUUUAGACUUGGACCCAGAUUUGUUUCCACGGGUGAUGAAGCUACUGCGCACGGGCGCGCUCGACCAGAGCGGGCUCUCGACUCGGCAACUGGUUGAGCUACAAGAGAUGAUCGACUACCUACAACUUGACGUGCUCCCUGAGCCGUCAGCACCCGAGGUGACGCCUCUCGCGUGGGAUCCGGUCCAUUGCUCCGAGUCGAUCGAGCUCCUCGCGAUGCAAACUAAAGCGCGGCAGACGAAAUCCGGGUGGGGCAACGUCCUCGCCACGGCGCCCGCGACAACAUUCUCGGUUCACGUUCACCUCGGCAGUCGCGUCGAAGUCGGGUUUUUGUUUUUGGCACGAGAUGCUUUUACGCCGUAUCCGCAUGCAACCAACAGCGCAUCGCGCGGCUGGUUCUUCAACUGCGAGACAAGAAACGUGUACUCGCACCUCCAGCGACCGACAAGUGCUGGCGUGAGUCCCAACGUCCAAGGCACCGUGCUCCUCAACGUCACGUGGUUUCCAGACGAACACAGCAUUGGCUUUGCGAUCCACGGGUCGCUCUUGCCCACAAAGCUCCGCGGCGUACCCGACGGCAUCGCCUUGUACCCCAUGGCGCGUCUCUCGACACACGGCGCCAAAGUGGAGCUCGUACCUGUCUUAGAAAACUAGAUAUCCUCUCAAGACGAUGUAGGAUCAGUGUAUUUAGCAGCACCUAGUCGAGGUCGUUACGAUCUUGCAUGUCAUACACGCCAUAGUCUUUUGCUCUGA